AUGUACAAUACGGUGUGGAGUAUGGACCGCGAUGACGCAGACUGGAGGGAGGUGAUGAUGCCCUAUUCGACAGAACUGAUAUUUUAUAUUGAAAUGGAUCCUCCAGCUCUUCCACCAAAGCCACCUAAGCCAAUGACUUCAGCCAUUACAAAUGGAAUAAAGGACAGUUCUGUUUCUCUUCAGGAUGCAGAAUGGUACUGGGGGGAUAUUUCAAGGGAGGAGGUAAAUGACAAAUUACGGGACAUGCCAGAUGGUACCUUCUUGGUCAGAGAUGCCUCAACCAAAAUGCAGGGAGAUUACACUUUGACCUUGCGGAAGGGAGGCAAUAAUAAGCUAAUAAAGAUCUAUCAUCGAGAUGGUAAAUAUGGCUUUUCUGAUCCUCUGACAUUUAAUUCUGUGGUGGAGCUCAUUAGCCACUAUCAUCAUGAAUCUCUUGCCCAGUACAAUCCCAAACUUGAUGUGAAACUGAUGUACCCAGUGUCCAGAUACCAACAGGAUCAGUUGGUAAAAGAAGAUAAUAUUGAUGCCGUCGGUAAAAAACUGCAGGAGUAUCACUCUCAGUAUCAGGAAAAGAGUAAAGAAUAUGACAGACUAUAUGAAGAAUACACCAGAACAUCCCAGGAAAUACAGAUGAAGAGGACCGCAAUUGAAGCUUUUAAUGAAACAAUUAAAAUAUUUGAAGAGCAGUGUCAUACACAAGAACAACAUAGCAAAGAAUAUAUUGAGCGAUUUCGAAAAGAAGGGAAUGAAAAGGAAAUUGAACGAAUUAUGAUGAAUUAUGACAAGUUGAAAUCACGUCUGGGUGAGAUUCAUGAUAGCAAAAUGCGUCUCGAACAGGAUUUGAAGAAACAAGCUUUGGAUAACCGAGAAAUAGAUAAAAAAAUGAAUAGUAUCAAACCUGACCUGAUCCAGCUGCGCAAGAUCCGAGAUCAGCACCUUGUGUGGCUCAAUCACAAAGGAGUGAGACAGAAGCGCCUAAAUGCCUGGCUGGGAAUCAAGAAUGAGGAUGCUGAUGAGACCUAUUUUAUCAAUGAGGAAGAUGAAAACCUGCCCCAUUAUGAUGAGAAAACCUGGUUUGUUGAGGAUAUCAACCGAGUACAAGCUGAGGACUUGCUUUAUGGGAAACCUGACGGUGCAUUCUUAAUCCGUGAGAGUAGCAAGAAAGGAUGUUAUGCUUGCUCUGUGGUCGCCGAUGGAGAGGUGAAGCACUGUGUGAUCUACAGCACUGCUCGGGGCUACGGCUUCGCAGAGCCCUACAACCUGUACAGCUCCCUGAAGGAGCUGGUGCUGCACUACCAGCAGACGUCCCUGGUGCAGCACAACGACUCUCUCAACGUCAGGCUCGCCUACCCUGUCCACGCACAGAUGCCCUCGCUCUGCAGAUAA